UACAUUUUGUGCAGCUGAAGUUUUUUUAUUUGUGUGUUCAUUGAAAAUGUUGAAAAAAUAAAAUAAUUGGUGAAAAUAUACAAAAUAUAAACGAAAAAAGGACAAGCAAAUAAAAUGUUUUCCAUAUGUAAGAAUUCUCAUCCUGCAACAGCAGUUGAAUUUGCUAUAACAUGCCGAUUCUUUAACAAUAUCGAAGAAAAUGUGGUGGUUGCCGGCGCCAAUAUUUUAAAAAUCUAUAGAAUUCAUCCAAAUAUUGAUGGAAGCCAAAGACAGCAAAAAUUAAAUCCAAAUGACUUAAGAGCGCCUUCAAAGAUGCGUUUAGAGUGUCUUGCAUCGUAUACUCUAUACGGAAAUGUAAUGUCUUUGCAAAGUGUAACUUUGACGGGAUCCAUGAGAGACGCACUUCUUAUAAGUUUUAAGGAUGCCAAGUUGUCAGUUGUUCAACAUGACCCAGACACGUUUGCACUGAAAACAUUAUCGUUGCAUUUCUUUGAAGAGGAAGAGAUCAGAGAUGGCUGGACCGGUCGCUAUUAUAUUCCAAUGGUACGUGUUGACCCCGAUGCUCGGUGUGCUGUCAUGCUGGUGUACGGUAAGCGUUUAGUUGUUCUGCCAUUUCGUAAAGAAAACGGUAUAGAUGAAAUUGAGAUGGCAGAUGUUAAGCCUAUUAAAAAGGCCCCCACUGCCAUAGUGGCACGCACUCCUAUUCUGGCUUCCUAUCUUAUUGCACUUAGAGACCUCGACGAGAAAAUCGACAAUGUUUUAGAUUUGCAAUUUUUACAUGGCUACUAUGAACCAACUUUACUAAUAUUGUACGAACCUGUGCGUACAUUCCCUGGCCGUGUAGCUGUCCGCGCUGACACUUGCGUAUUGGUUGCGAUUUCUUUAAAUAUACAACAACGUGUUCAUCCCAUUAUAUGGACAGUUACGGGUUUGCCAUUUGAUUGCUUGCAAGUAUUUCCCAUACAAAAGCCAAUUGGUGGCUGUUUAGUAACGACCGUAAAUGCUAUAAUAUAUCUUAAUCAAAGUGUUCCUCCUUAUGGAGUGUCCUUGAAUAGUUCAGCUGACCAUAGCACUGGUUUUCCUCUGAAACCACAAGAUGGUGUCCGUAUAAGUCUCGAUGCCGCUAAUAUUGCGUUCAUAGAUGUCGAUAAAUUAGUUGUAUCGUUACGUAGUGGCGAACUAUAUGUUGUUACCUUGUGUGUCGACUCGAUGCGAACGGUACGUAACUUUCACUUCCAUAAGGCCGCAGCAAGUGUUCUUACCAGCUGUAUGUGUGUAGUUCAAAGUGAAUACCUAUUCCUCGGAUCUCGUUUGGGCAAUUCCCUGUUACUUCACUUUACAGAAGAAGAUCAAAGCACUGUAAUAACAUUAGAUGAAGUUGAAAUGUCUGAUGCUAACAAUGUAGUAAACGAGGAAUCCCGUAAAGGUCGUCGCAUUGAAGAUGAGGAGCUGGAAGUAUAUGGGUCCGGAACAAAGACCUCUGUUCAGCUGCGAAAAUAUAUUUUUGAAGUUUGCGAUAGUUUGCUCAAUGUUGGUCCAAUUAAUUUUAUGUGUGCCGGUGAAAGAGUUGAGUUCGAAGAGGGCGGUACCACAUUGCGCCCUCAAGCUAACCAGUUGUGUGAUUUAAAAAUAGAUGUUGUGGCUUCCAGUGGCCACAGUAAGAAUGGCUCCCUAUGUGUGUUCGUUAACUGUAUUAAUCCUCAAGUUAUAACCUCGUUCGAGUUAGAAGGAUGCCUUGAUGUUUGGACAUUAUAUGACGAUGUGAGUAAAAAGACAUCUCGCCACGACCACCACGAUUUCAUGAUAUUGUCUCAACGCACAUCAACACUGGUCUUGCAAACUGGCGAAGAGAUUAAUGAAAUUGAAAAUACUGGAUUCUGUUGCACUCAACCAACAAUUUUUGUUGGAAACUUGGGACAAAAUCGAUUUAUUGUCCAGGUCACUACCCGUUCAGUUCGACUGUUGCAGGGAAAGCGUCUCAUACAAAAUGUACCGAUAGAUGAAGGAGCUCCUGUUGUACAAGUAUCAAUAGCUGAUCCUUAUGUUUGUCUUAGAGUACUUCAUGGCAAAGUUAUAACACUAGCUCUUCGCGAAACGAAAGGAACACCUCGUUUGGCUAUUAACAAGAAUACAAUAAGUAGUAUUCCAGCAGUUAUAUCUUUGGCCGCAUAUAAAGACUUAUCGGGUUUGUUUACUACCAAGUCUGAUGAGGUCUUAAAUCUUACAGGCAGUGGCGGUAAUUCAUUGUACAGUGGCUUGGGCUAUAUGAAAGCAGAACCUAACAUGAAAAUCGAAGAUGAAGAAGACUUAUUGUACGGUGAAUCGGGAAAUGCGUUUAAAAUGAAUAGUAUGGCUGACUUGGCAAAACAAUCAAAGCAAAAGAAUUCAGACUGGUGGAGGCGUUUGUUGGUACAGGUGAAACCUUCUUAUUGGUUGGUAGUUGCAAGAGAGAGCGGUACUCUGGAAAUCUACUCUAUGCCAGAUAUGAAGUUAAUGUAUUUGGUGAAUGACGUAGGCAACGGUGAUACGGUUCUCACUGAUUCCAUGGAAUUUGUACCAGUGACUCUGAAUCAACAGGACAAUAAACAAGGAAUUCUUCUAAAUUGUAUGCCACAGCAUGUUAACUCUCCUCCGGUGCAGGAAAUAGCAAUGGUUGGAUUAGGAAAUAAUGGCAGUAGGCCGUUACUCAUGAUACGAACCCGUCUAGAAUUGAUAAUUUAUCAGGCAUAUCGAUACGGAAAAGGUCAUAUGAAGGUUCGUUUUAGAAAAUUACAAAGCAUCAAUAUGUUGGAUGAAGAUUCGAAACCUAUGGACGUUGACGAAGAAUAUGCUGAUUCAUUGGAUUCAUAUAAUUUACAAGACCGCUACAUAAGUAAACUCCGUUAUUUUUCAAAUAUAUCAGGGCUAAACGGCGUAGUAGUGUGUGGCCCCAAUCCUUGCUUUAUAUUUUUGACGGGUAAAGGCGAAAUGAGAGUUCACAAAAUAUUUGGAAAUGGAUAUUUACGUAGUUUUGCGCCGUUUAACAAUGUAAACUGCCCACAAGGAUUUUUGUGUUUUGAUACAACAUUCGAUCUAAAAAUAUGCAUUCUUCCAACCUAUCUCACCUAUGACUCACCAUGGCCUGUGAGAAAAGUUCCUCUCCGUUGUACACCCCGUCAAAUUGUAUAUCAUAGAGAAAACCGCGUCUACUGUCUCGUCACUCAAACAGAUGAAGCCAGUAACAAAUAUUUCCGCUUCAACGGCGAAGACAAAGAACUAACAGAGGAGAAUAAGGGCGAACGAUUCAUAUACCCGAAUGCUUCUAAAUUUAGCAUUGUUCUUAUGAGCCCGGAAACCUGGGAAAUUGUUCCAGAUGCGUCAAUUGAAUUUGAGAGUUGGGAACAUGUUACAGCAUUUCAGAUAGUGAAGCUCGCAUAUGAAGGUACCCGGUCGGGCCUUAAAGAAUAUCUGUGCAUUGGAACGAACUUUAAUUACAGCGAAGACAUAACGUCUCGCGGAAACAUUCACGUUUACGAUAUAAUCGAGGUAGUUCCCGAACCCGGCAAGCCAUUGACUAAGUUUAAACUGAAAGAAAUAUUUAAGAAAGAACAGAAAGGUCCCGUAUCGGCUAUUGCAGAUGUUCUUGGUUUUCUGGUUACAGCCCUGGGUCAAAAAAUUUACCUUUGGCAAUUAAAAGACGACGAUUUAAUUGGAGUUGCAUUUAUCGAUACCAAUAUUUACGUUCAUCAGAUAAUUUCUAUAAAAUCUCUGAUUUUAAUUGCUGACGUUUACAAAUCUGUUAGUUUACUUCGUUUUCAAGAAGAGUUCCGCACAUUGUCAUUGGCUUCGAGAGACUUUAAUCCAUUAGAAGUUUAUGGAGUGGAGUUUAUGGUAGACAAUUCAAAUCUUGGCUUUCUUGUUACCGACGCCGAAAGAAAUUUUAUUGUUUAUAUGUAUCAACCUGAAGUUCGAGAGUCAAUAGGAGGACAAAAACUUUUGCGAAAAGGUGACUUUCAUCUUGGACAGGCCGUAAACACCAUGUUUAGGGUACAAUGUCAUCAAAGAGGCCUCAAUCAUCGCUACCCAUUUAUGUAUGAAAAUAAACAUAUGGUGGUUUAUGGGACUUUGGACGGUGCCAUUGGCUAUUGUUUACCACUGCCCGAAAAAGUAUAUCGCCGAUUCCUUAUGUUACAAAAUGUCCUGCUGUCUUACCAGGAGCAUCUAUGUGGCUUAAAUCCAAAAGAGUUUCGCACAAUAAAAAUGUCGAAAAAACUUUCUCUCAACCCAAGCCGCUGCAUCAUCGACGGCGAUUUAAUAUGGUCAUUCGCCAACAUGACUGUUGCUGAACGUAAUGAAGUAUCUAAGAAAAUUGGAACAAAAACUGAAGAUAUCUUAAGCGACCUACUAGAAAUUGAAAGACUAACAGCAGUGUUUUAAAAUUACUUUAUAUAUACAAAAAAUGAAAUAAAACCAUUGGCUGGUGCCAAUAAACAUAAAA